UGGCAGUAGAGAGUUGGCGUCCACAGUAUGUCUUUUCUUACUGUACGUCGUAGCUUGAUUUACGUGUUUUCUUAGCUUUGGUUGUCGAAUUACCCCAAUAAUAUACCUAUCUAAAUUAUUAUGUUCAAACCUUAAGCUGUGUUGUAAAGCUUCUUAUUUUGGGUGCCUAUAGCAAAGUUGAGUUUCGUUGGUUGUGCAUUUGGAUUAUUUUUUUAUUUGAGAAUCUUUGAACUUGGUUAUAUUUUAUUUUUAAGAAAUGGCUGGAAAUAAGUGUGUUUAUUUCAUUUGUGGACUAAGUAAGAGAUCCUACAAUUAAAAUGUACCGAUUUCCUGUGAAUGACCCUACCAGAUGUCAAAAAUGGAUCAUACACUCGGGUAAUGCUGUUUUGGCAAACCUAAGCCCAAAAGCUCUAAGAAAUAAGCUGAUCUGCAGCAAACAUUUCAGUGAAAAUAUUAGUCAAUAUAAAAGAUUGUCUACUACUGCUGUACCAUUUCGCUACAAAAAUGAAGGUUCAGAAAGUGAAUCGGACAGGGAAAAUUUGGAUGAACAAAUAAUCCAAUUGAAUGUUUCCUCACAUCCACAAACAUAUUCAAAUAGUGAUUUUAUUGCCCCAAUGAUUCAUUCCAGAAACAUUUACAUGACAGAUAGUUCUAACAGUAACCAUGAAGAUGAAGAGUGGUUGAAAGAGUUACAGAACCUUCCAUCUUGUUCUAUGGGAAUUGGAGGUAGGAAACAGUCAUUGCAAGAAGAAAAUGAACGGUUUAGAAAGGAACUAACCAAUGCUAGGAAAAAAGUCAAUAAGAAAGCCUUUCCCUGCCAGUGAAGCUCUAGUUCUCAUGAUCAGAGGAAUCUAUAGCAACUGGAAAAUUCCUAUUGCCUACUUUGUAUCGAAUGGUGGGGUGUCAUAUGCUUCUUUAUGGUGUAUGUGAUUUAUCAACCACCAAUCAGAGACUCAUAAAGCAUUUGGGGGUUAACAAAAACCAACCUUAUUUUUUUUAUAUUGCGUUAGAAACAAUUUUUUGAACAAUAGUUCUCUCUCUAGCACUCGCUUCAUUAAAUGUUGAAAAAAAUUCAUCAUCCGAACAAACGGAUUCAUCUACCAAUUCAAUUUCCUCCGAGGUACAUUCAAAUGUUAUUGCGACGUUAGAAAAUUGUUAUUUAAUUAAAAAAUGUUUAGAUCGCUUCAAUUGCAAAGACUGUAAAGUCAGUUUAGAAGCUUCUGAUGACAUUAACAGUGGACAAGAGCUUCUUAUAUUGUAUAAGAAUAAUUAUUUAAAUAAUAAGUGUGCAUUGAAAUCUCCAGCAACAUUAUUGAAAAAUUUCACCAUGGUAGUACUUAAUAGCCUCGAUAAAAAUAUAGGGAAAAUUUCAGAUAAUAAAAUAAUAUUGAACUUGAAAAAGAAAAUUGUUGGAAAAACAGAAAAAAUUCUUCCCGAGUGGUAUGAAACAAAUGCAAUCUGUGGUUGUAGUCAUAGGCAAUACAUUUUCAAUUUACUAUUGCGAACUCAGAUUUUCAAAUAUUGUAAAACUUUUUCAAGUUCAUUAAAAACUAGACAAACUAAAAAAAA